AUGCCCUCAUCAAAUAGUAAUAUAGAUAAUAGGGAUUCUUCUAUAGUUAAACAGUUUGGACCAAUAUCAUCUAGUCUUUCUGGUUCGGCUGGGCGAUACAGAACACCAGUAUCCAGGCCAAUAUCUAAUGUACGAUCACCGGGAAGUGCCAAAUCUCCUCAACAACGAACACCCCUUACUGAUAGGCCAGAAAGCGUACGAUCAUUGGCAAGUAGGUCAUCCAUGCCAGAUUAUUUAAAACCCAUUGUCAAAACAGCUUUGAAAAGAUGGAAAAGAUUCCAUGAGCAGCGUGUGAUGGAUCGACUGAAAGAACGUAAGGAAGAGAAAAAACUACGUGUCAUACAAGCCCGCGAAGAAAAAAUGAAACUUGCACGUCGAAUUCCAAUUGAUGUUUUAGCAAGGGAAUGGUUAAAAGACAAUGAAGCCACAGUCGAAGUCAGAGCAUACCUCUUAGAAAAAUUACUUCCCGUACUUAUUAUGGGCGUGGAGAAAUUAUUGGUAGAAGUUGACAAACGAGGACUAUCUGAGGAAGAUGAGCCUGCUGCUAAUUUUAACCCUAUCAAUUACCUAGCGCAGUAUUUAAUGCGAAAUAAUCCAAGAUUGGCCAAGGUAAAAGCAGAGGCAAGACGUCGUAGAGAAGAAAGAGAAAGAGCAAGUAGACUGAAAGCAUUGGAGAAUCAGCGUAGAUCAGCAACACUCAGAGAACAAUAUAAAGAAUGGUUAGUCAAUCAAGAUGGAAGAGUAGAACUACAUCUUGUCCAAGAAGCACUUAAAUCCUUUGCAGAAAUCACAGAGAGUUAUCCAGAAGAGAUCAAGAAAGCUUCUGAAUUCAGUCAUGAACUUGAAUCCUUAGAUGAAACAGGAAAAACUGUCUCCAUUAAAGAGUUUGCAGAUUACAUCAAGCAAUUCAUCACUGAUAUGCCAACAGAAAUUUUCACCGAGUUCCUCAAACAUUUGUCUAAGUGUGCAUCAGCAGUCCGAGCAGCAGCCGACAGUGAAGCUCGUCGUGAAAUCUUGACAAAUCUGUUUGUAUCAUGUGAUCACUCUGGGGUUGGCUUAUUGGAUAGACACAGAGUGUUGAACCUGUUUGAGACUUUCUAUGAUAAUGCUACUUCUUUUAUCAAGAAGUCAAUCAGAAACCCGAGAAAAUGGCCUGUUGUAGAACUAGAUGAAGUCACAGAUGAAACAGACAGUGUCCGAUCAGAAAGUCCCAGAGAUGAAACUAUUUUAGAAAGUGAUAAAGAAGCGAGAACAGCUGCUGAGAAGGAGAAGGAUGAAGAUACUACUGCUGUGGAGAAACCUUCAACACCUACCAAAGAAGCAACUGAGGAGCCAGCUGAGGAUGCUGAAAAAACAGAUGAAGUGAAAACUGGAGAUGAUGACGAGAAGGCUGAGGAAGAAGCUGAGCUUGCCAAAGAAGAUGAUACUACUGAGAAAGUGGAAGAAAAAAACGAAGAAGAAACUGGUGUUAAAGAGGAGGAGACGGCAGUGGUGGAAGGUGAAGGAAACGAUGAUGUCACACCUGCAGCGGAAUCUCCAAAACCAUCUGCAGAUGAAGAAAUCAAAGCAGAAGAUGAGAAAGUAAGUGAAUGGGACGGAGGCCACAGCCGAGGAAAAAGUGGCCACAGAUGUUGA